GGCUCCUCACAGAGAGGAUGUUGGAUGAGAAGACGCUUGAAUAAAACAGGAUUAUUCUCUCGGAUAUUUAAAGAAUUUAAAACGUAUAGAAGGAAAUUUUGGUGGGGAUUCACACCUGAGACCUUGACGGUGAAGAGUGUGUCGGAAAAUGCCAGAGAAAAAAGCGUUUCAGCAGCAGGCCGUAUCCGGUGUCCUGGAGCGGCAGCAGUCCAGGCCUCAGACCCAGAGCAGCCCGAUCCUGUGCCAGAACUGUGGCCAGGCCUGUAAGGGCGAAGUGCUGCGGGUUCAGAACACACACUUUCACAUCAAGUGCUUCGUCUGCAAAGUAUGUGGCUGUGAUCUGGCUCAGGGAGGCUUCUUUGUGCGGCAGGGUGACUACAUCUGCACUCUGGACUACCAGCGUCUCUAUGGCACACGCUGCUUCAGCUGCGAGCAGUUCAUUGAGGGAGAGGUGGUCUCUGCACUUGGAAAGACCUAUCACCCACGAUGCUUUGUGUGUGCUGUUUGCAAACAGCCAUUUCCAGCAGGCGACCGCGUGACGUUUAACGGGAAAGAGUGCAUCUGUCAGAAAUGCACUCAGCCUUUGUCUGCCAAUAGCUCAGCACCCGCUCAGGCUGUCCACAAUUGCUGUGGCUGUGGAAAGGAGUUUAAAAACGAACAGUCUCUGGUGGCACUAGAGAAACACUGGCAUUUGGGCUGCUUCAAGUGCAAAGUGUGCAACAAAGUGCUCAAUGCCGAAUACAUUAGCAAGGAUGGAAUUCCAUACUGCGAGAUGGACUAUCACGCCAUGUUCGGGAUCCAGUGUGAGAACUGCAAGGAGUAUAUCACAGGGAAAGUUCUGGAGGCUGGAGAUAAACAGUACCAUCCCACAUGUGCCAGAUGUGUGCGCUGUGAGCAGAUGUUUGGAGAAGGGGAGGAGAUGUACCUGCAAGGUUCUUCCAUCUGGCACCCUGCAUGCAGACAGGCAGCUCGAAUGGAGGAGAAAAGUAAGGUGACCAGGACUUCCUCUGAGAGCAUCACAUCAGUUCCUGCCUCCAGUGCAUCUGGAUCUCCAAGCAGAGUUAUCUAUGCAAAGCUGGGAGACGAGUUCCUGGAUUAUAAAGAUCUCGCAGCUCUACCGAAGAUAAAGGCCAUCUAUAACAUCGACAGACCUGACAUGCUGUCGUACUCACCUUACGUCAGCUAUCCGACAGAGGACAGGACCUAUGUAGAGUCCCCGCAGUUCCUCACCCCGACUCCGACUGAGGGUGAUGGGGAUAGGUCACCGCGUCAGAGACGGCCCUCCAGCCCCAGCUCGAACAGUUCUCUGGGUGGUUACGGUCGCUACACGCCGUCCCGCUCGCCUCAAACCUACAGCAGACAAGAACAAUAUGAGACCCCUAGGUUCACUCCCCAACCUGGGAACGCCAGGGUUGGUCGAUAUUCCGGCCAGGGUAUUCCCAGAGACUCCUCCUCCCUGCCCUUGUACUGCAGUAGUGGAGGUAGAAAUACCCCACAGACUCCUUUCCUGAACCCCACCACCCUGGCCAUGCUCCAACAACACAACUAUAUCCCGUACUUCAGAGGUAGCGAAAGUGGUCGUAGUACCCCAAGCCUCUCCACCUACUCCGACAGCAAAUCUCCGUCCUCCUCCUACGUGGCUGCACCCAAGCAUUUCCACAUCCCAGCAUCCAGAACUUCCUGGCAAGACGGAGAUGAUGUGGACAGAAAGACCAGGAUGAGUUGGACGCUUCUAAAGAGUGAGAGUGAUGGACAGUCCCCGGACAUGGACCCCAGGACGUCCACACACAGCCUGCCCACAGACAUGUCUCAGCCCAAUUUCCCCUACAACAAGUCUGCUUCACUCCCAGGCUACGGACAUAAUGGCAUCUACAAGGCAGCUGAUCUCGGAGAGGAUGAACACGACUCCACCUGGGGUGCGAUGAGAGAGUACAAGGUGUAUCCGUACGACAUGCUGGCGGUGACACACAGAGUCAGAGUGAAGCUGCCACGUGAUAUAGACCGCACCAGGCUGGAGAGACACCUGUCUCCAGAAGAGUUCUUCCAGGUGUUUGGGAUGACCAUCGCGCAGUUCGACCGCUUGGCUCUGUGGAAGAAAAAUGAUCUGAAGAAAAAAGCUCGCUUGUUCUAACCACCACCACAUCCUCCAACCCCAUCAACACCACCGCGAUGACUCCGCCCCUGAGCGAACCGAGAAAGAAGAUAGACGGAGAAUUUCUCUUCAAUCCGUCUACGUAUAUAUGCAGAGAUGAGAGAGAGUGAAAUAUAUAAAUCUAUAAUAUAAAAUAUAUCUACGUUCAUCUCCAUGUACGCGCUUCCAUUCCACUGCGCCACGUUCCUGCUGUCAUAACGAAAGGAGGAGCGUGUUCUAUACGCCGUCACGUCGCGACCUCAGUGUUAGCCGUGCUCGCUUCUUUCUGUGCGAAUGCCAUGUUAUAUCUGUUGUGAUGGAGAAAGAUCAUGAUCCCUGAUCUCUUGCACAGUUCAGAUAACUGCAAUAAGGGUCUAUACACUGUGUGUGUGUGUCUGUAGGUGUGUGUGGUUGCUAUAGAAAUCGCUUCAUGCCCGUUUUAUCCAGUCCUCAUCGUAGGUUUUUUCUCUUCAUUUUCCUGUCACAAUCGUUACAGAAUUAUCUAACGGGAAUUUCAGAAGAUCGACUGAUGAAAUCUGCCGUAUUUCCAGAUAAACUUAAGAAAAAAGCCUUGCCAUCUUGUUCAUUUCAGUAAACACUGAUUAACACACGCAGUCAUACGAGUUUUAUUCUAUAUUCCCAGUUAGUCUUGUAAUUCUAGUUUAAGUCUAUAAAUCAGACGUUAGUUAAAGGUGGGGUCUCCGUUGUUUGAGAAACGCUUCAGAAAACCGAGUCGGGCCUCCAAACAAAACAAACAUGUAGCCAAUGAGCAGAAAGGGGCGUGUCUUGUCAAUGUGGGCGGAGAGAGUGUUCAGUGCGCAUGUGUGACGUUAGCAGAAAGCGGUUUUAACAUUGACAUGGAGGAUAAAAACAAAGAAAGAAAGAGAAGAAAGUCUUACGAUAAGGUAAGAAGUAGGACUAACAGAAUACGGCUUUCUAUCAAUUAAAGUUCAGAAUAUUAAAUCAAUUAAUACACUCACUUGCGUUACUGUAAGUCUUGGUGCCUGAAACAUGCGCACACGCUCCAAGUCUUCUGUUUCCAUGGUUUCGGCAGCAACGGUACGACCUCUGACUCUAACAUUACCUCUGCCUCGGGUUCUAGGUGUUGACCGUCUCCUUCCGCGUGAAACGGAGCUAAACCUUUCACGGUACAACACACAGUACUACAAAAACACAUCUGUAUUACCGUAGUAUUACUCAUUGGGUUCAUUUACUGAUAAAAAUAUACCCUCGGUCAGCCGCCCCAGCAGGUUCCGCUAUAAUAGUUGCCUGGGUUACGUAUGUAUGUGUGGGGCGGAGCUAUCAAAACAGGGGUGGGACCCAUUUGGGUUAGGGGCGUGUUUGUUUUGGUGAUUUCAAAUGUCAACAUUGGCUUUCAAACAACGGAGAUCCCACUUGAAUAGAGUUCUCUAGAAUUAAGAAAUGAUUAACAGUGAACUGAAGAAUGUUUCUCUGAAAUGGAUUUUAGUUUGUUUGAGGAAAAAAAAAAUUCUGAUCCGGAUCUUAGACCUUCUCCUGGAUCCUCAGUAAAAUCUCAGGCUGACAGACAAUUUAUUUCCUUUUACUGAGUAGUAGUGAGAAAUGAUUAAAUAAGUGGAGUCACUUUUAUUAUUAAAGUGUCAACUGGAAUAAAAAACAACAAACAAAAUCUCCACACAAAACUUUGGACAUGUAGCAUAAACUCAGAAGCCGCCAAUUCCUUCUGCCUUCGACUCGUUGGUCGUGACUCACCGUCUAUUUUCUGACCUCAAAGGAAAGCCAAAGGAAACGCCGUUUAUCUGCUCAUCCACUCGCGGUCGUCUUCUCGACUGUGAUCAAAGCUGCACUUGAAGUCUAACCUUUAAAUCGAUCAACAUACUCGCUUGUUAGUUAGCUGGCUAGCUUGUUAGCUAACAGAAAUAAAAAGAAAUCUGACUUUAUAACAACUUGUAAAUUGCCACUGAGAAGGAGAAUUGAAUGCAUCGUCCCAGCACAGAUGUGCAUUUUAUUAUUAGCCACAAAACCCACAAAACUCCAUAAACGCUCCCAGAGAGCCGAAAAUGGCGGCUACGUGAUGAAGGACAUGAUGAAAAUGUCGCGUGCGUUAAAUCUUAAAAUAACACUGGUUCGUUUCUGUGAAGGAGGAACAGAAUAAAGAACACCAGAAGGACACCAGAAAAUUAAUUAUUAAAUACACUGGUUUUACUGACGGUUUAAUGAUGGUGACUAUAUGUGACUCCUCCUCCUUCACCUCUCUGACUUCUUCACCUUCACCUUUGUGACUCCUCCUUUGUGACUCCUCCUCCUUUACAUCUGGGACUCCUCCUCCUUCACCUCUGUGACUCCUCCUCCUCCAUGACCCCUCCUCUUCCUGCUCUGUGACUCCUCCUCCUUUACCUCUGGAACUCCUCCUCCUUUACCUCUGUGACUCCUUCUCCUUCACCUCUGUGACUCCUCCUCCUCCUCCAUGACCCAUCCUCUUCCUGUUCUGUGACUCCUCCACGUCUGUGACUCCUCCUAUUCCUGCUCUGUGACCCCUUCUCCUUUACCUCUGUGACUCCUCCUCCUUUACCUCUGUGACUCCUUCUUCUUCACCUCUGUGACUCCUCCUUCUUCACUUCUCUGACUCCUCCUCCAUGACUCCUCCUCCAUGACUCCUCCUCCUCCUUUGUGACCCCUCCUCCUUCACCUCCGUGACUCCUCCUCCUUUACCUCUGUGACUCCUCCUCCCGUUAGAUAUUCAUCACACUGACUGAUGUGUAUUAGCUGCUUACAAGCAUAAGUUCAGUGACUCAGACAUCAUCUAACAAAGCUCUUUCUUUCUUUCCUCCGUCCCUUCCUUCCUCCCUCCCUUCUGUCCCUCUUUCUGCCUUUCUUUACUUUCUUUUCUUCCUUCCUUCCUGUUCCAGUGGCUUCACUGUGAGAUUGUGAUGUAAAGAGUUAAGGACGCAUCAAUAAGCUAAACUCUGCAGCUUUUUUUUUUCCUUUCUUUACAUUAUGUCAGAUCAGAUUUAUUCUCUAACGUCCGCAUCACACGUGAGGAAUAUUUUUUACUCUCUUAUUGCUGCAAAACUCCUUAAAAACGUCAUCAUGGGAGAAAGAGACAUGCCAAGUUUACCUUCCUCUGUAGCUUUACACAUUUUUAUAUAAAUAAAUAAAUUAAUUAAUUAAUAGACAAGUCUAUAAACCAAUAAGCAUUUGAGACGCGGUUCCAUGAUUCGUUCUCUGUUUCUGAUUCAAUCUGUGUAUGUGCAAUAUGAAAAUAUCUAACUAGAGCAUGAGAUGCUGAUGAAUUGACAUGAAAUUAUAACAAGUUCAGACUGUGUUGUUCUCACGCAUCCUUUCAUACCUGGGUGGUUAAUUUCGCUUUAAAUUCAUUUAUGAACCUGGUUUACGACAAAGCCUUAAUCGUGCGGGUGUGAAACGAGGGACUGUUUAAUACGAUCUCUAAUAAUCGCCUGAUCGCGUAUGCAUGAGCGUUUAUGUCUAAAUGAAUGUCAAACUGUAGCUUGCAUUCUAUCAAAUGCCUUUGUGGUUAAAUUUAAAUCCUGUAAAGACGGAUCGUCUUUUAAAGGUGCGGUUUGUCGUGUUGUAAGAAAUGUGUCUGGACCUGUAAUCAUCAUAUUCAUUUAGAGCUAACGUUAGCAAAAAUAACAUUUGCAAUAGUAUCUUUUAAAAAUGAUCUCGGCUUUCGAGGCUUUUUCAAGACUAGUGUUUCUUUUCUUCUGACCCUGAAAUUAGCUCCAAAGAUGAGCUUCUCAGCCACGCCCCCUUUUUUUCCUUAAAAGGCAGGUUGCAAGGGGCAUUUUAAUUUAACAUUGUUAACUAACAUAGCUGGCCAAGUGUUUUAAAAAGAUAAUAAUGAUUAAUUAUUAUUAUUAUUAUUAUUAUUAUUUUGCUCUUUUAACUUUUUUGUCCCUGAAAUAAGACCCAAACCAGUACUUUGUGCCUCUUUUUUUCAUAAAAGGCAGUUCACCACUUAAGCAGCAGAGGGCUCUGAAUAUUACAGACUACUCCUUUAAAUCGUUCAAUAUCCUCAUCUAGACUUUUUAAUAUAUUUUACUGCAAAGCAAUAGAAUAAGUCAUGUAAUGUUUGUGUAACGUUGUGAGUGAAUACACAAUACUUUUUGGCAAAAAAAUAUGUUUUUGUGUGACAUUGAUUUUUGAUUUAUUUUUUAUUUUUAGUAAUAUCUAUCCUCCUCAUCUGUCAUGCCAUGGCCAAAUGUUUUCUCUAACAGGGUAGGGCGUAUGUACUUUUGUCAUUUUUGUGAAUAUAUUUGUGCAGGAAAGGUUCCAUGAUGGACCGUUCUGUGUUGGGUUGCAUGGAAAGUUUGCUUUAUUUGAACAUCUGUUGGAGUUUUGUGUGUGUGUGUGUGUGUGUGUGUGUGUGUUUACGCAAGUCACAUCAGGCCAGAUUAGUCAAAUACAGAUGUUCAGUCUGCUUCUCUGUCUCUUUACUCUUGAUAAAACAGAGAAAAGGUGAAAAUCAGGACCCAGAAGAGACACCCAAAUCUGUUUUAUUUGGAUUGUGUGAAUGUAAAAUUUUGGCUCAUAGCCCUACAAAUAAACAGUGUCACUGAACGCAGACGAGCCACAUUACUGAUUAUGAUUCAUAUUUUUUGUGCGAUUUGAAAUUAUCCAGAUUUUUUUUUUUUUUUUUUUAUUAUUUCCUCCCUUUUUUUUUUCUUCUGGUUUAUAAACAUGUCUUUGUGUUGGUUUACACAAUGAAUGUAACAUGAAAGCUCCAGACACUGAGAUGCCAAUCAGACAAUUCGGGAUUGUGUGUGUGUGUGUGUGUGUGUGUGUGUGUGUGUGUUUGUCUAAUGAACUAACAAUUGCAUAACCACAGAUACGUCGUUAGGCCAAUGCUGUGAUUUUGAUGUGGUUGUUGCUGUGCAGCAGGUUGAGAAAUAUUAAGGUUUAAUACAAUAUCGUUACAUGAACCUUUAUGUUUUUCCUUUUCUUUUCAUUUGCUUUGCUGGACUGAAUAAAAAAACACUAAUGUUCAUCUUUCAAUAAAUGUGUUAUAAAGCUGGA